AUGUAUUCUUCCAGCAGCAGCGUGUACAAGGUCCUCCGCCCCACCGCCAACCCUGAGCCACUUCGCGGUCACAUCGGUGAUCUCCCGUCUUACGUUCUCCACCGCAUCUUGUACUGGAAGCUGCUGGCGAAUGGCGAAUUGCCUACCAUCGUUGCUUUCAUUCUUACGACGCCUUUCCUUGCUGAGCAGGCCGGCGGCACUCCGCUGCUCACCGCCUGCGGUCUCGACUGA